UGUCUGGAAUGUCAACAGAUUGUUAGGAGACCAACACUGAGAUCUUCAUCAUGGUUUCCAGGUCCUACAUGGUCCGAUUUCUCAGCUUUAUGCUUGUGCUUCACCAGUCUCUGGCCACAGUCUUCCUAAAUCAGGAGGAAGCCAACGAUGUCUUGAAAAGAGGAAGAAGGGCUAACUCUUUCCUUGAAGAGUUGAGAUCAGGCUCUCUGGAGAGAGAAUGUAUUGAAGAAAAAUGUUCAUUUGAGGAAGCCAGAGAAAUUUUCAAGAGCAAUGAAAGGACUAAACAAUUUUGGAUUCAGUACAGUGAUGAGGACCAAUGUGCUUCAAAUCCCUGCCAGAAUGGAGGAACCUGUGCUGAUCAGUUCCAAUCCUACGUCUGCUUCUGCCCUGUGGAGUUUGAGGGCAGGAACUGUGAAACAAGCAAAAAUAGCUUGCUCAUCUGCAAAGCUGACAACCGUGGCUGUCACCAGUACUGCACUGAUAACCCUAACACCACACACCACUGCUAUUGUGAUCAGGGCUAUGCUCUGGCCCCAGAUGGAGUAUCCUGCAAUCCAGUAGUUGACUAUCCCUGUGGGAGAAUACCAAUCUUGGAAAAGAGAAAUGGAAGUAUUCCAGAAGGCAGAAUUGUAGGUGGUUAUACAUGCCCUAAAGGAGAAUGUCCAUGGCAGGUUCUGAUAUUGGUGAAAAAUGAAUUGCUAUGUGGUGGUACUCUGCUUACCAAUACGUGGGUUGUCUCUGCUGCUCACUGCUUUGAUAAAUUAUUUCACCAUUUAUGGGGAAGCCUGAUGGUCAUACUCGGUGAGCAUGAAAUAGACAAAGAAGAAGGGACAGAACAAAAGAGCCCAGUUGCUGAAGUCAUUAUUCAUGAGCGGUACAUUCGAUCGAAAAUCAACCAUGAUAUCGCCCUGAUGCGUCUACAAAAGCCCAUAAACUUCACAGACUACGUGGUGCCCCUCUGCUUGCCUGAGAGGAGAUUCUCUGAGGACCAUCUGGCCGAUGUCAGGUUUUCCUCAGUGAGUGGCUGGGGCCAGCUCCUGGACAGGGGGGCCACCUCUUUAGAGCUCAUGAUAAUUGAGGUGCCCCGGUUAAAGACCCAGGACUGUCUCCAGCAAAUAAAGAGAACUUCCCGAUCGCCUGAAAUUACUGAGAACAUGUUCUGUGCAGGCUUCCUGAAUGGAACAAAAGAUUCCUGCAAGGGGGACAGUGGAGGGCCCCAUGCCACCAAGUACAUGGGCACGUGGUAUCUAACUGGGAUUGUCAGCUGGGGGGAAGGUUGUGCAUCUGUGGGCCACUAUGGGGUUUACACAAGGGUCUCCAAAUAUAUUGACUGGCUGAAUAAACACAUAAAUCCCUAAGUCUUCCUUUUCAAUUAGUUGACACAAAUUCAGUCCUACUGUAAUGGCUACUAAAAAGGUAUCUUCAGUAUCUUUGGCAUUACCUUGCCUAGAAUAAAGUACCUACUGUUUGAAAUCA